AUGUCUGCGACGGUAACCAAAAAAAGGAAGGCUUCAAGUGCGGUAGAGACGAAGUAUUAUGGGGUCAGAGCGGGCAAGGUACCUGGUGUGUAUACACUUUGGAGCGACUGUCAAGAAAUGAUUACGGGCUUCAAGGGCGCGAGUUAUAAAUCGUUUCCAUCCCAGAAAGAAGCAGAGGAUUUCGUGGCCGGCAAAGUCGUUCCGGGGACUUCCAAAGGCCCAGCCAAGUUCUACGGUAUAGCAGUAGGCCACCAGCCAGGGGUGUAUACCGAAUGGGCAGACGCUCAAAUACAAAUCACGAAUGUCAAGGGACCUAAAUAUCGGAAAUUCGACACCAGAGAGGAGGCAGAGGCGUUUGUGGAUAGUGGUGGGAAGAUUGACAAGGCGAAGAAAGUUGAAAAAGUGGUGGAGGAAAAGGAUGACGGAGAGAGGGAACGGAAGAAGGCUAAGACCGCUACAUCGAAGACGGGGUCCAAGGGGGGUGUUUUGAAGGUUUGGACGGAUGGAAGUGCGAGAGGCAAUGGGAAGGCUAAUGCUGAGGCGGGGGUGGGUGUUUAUUUUGGUUAUGAUGAUGAGCGCAAUCUCUCAGAACGUCUCGCCGGCGACCUACAAACAAACCAGCGUGCCGAACUCACCGGCAUCCUCCGAGCCCUCGAACUCGUUCCCCCAACUCAGAACCUAGAGAUUAUCACCGACUCGAAUUAUGGUAUCAAUUGCGCCUCAGUCUGGUACGAGAACUGGAUCAAGCGCGAUUGGCAUUCUUCCACUGGUGCACCGGUGAUGAAUAAAGAUCUAGUUGUGAAGAUCCGCGAGAAAAUGGAUGAGAGAGAUGCGAAAGGCACAAGGACAAUAUAUACGUGGGUAAAGGGACAUAGCGAGGAUGAAGGCAAUAUUGGUGCGGAUCUUUUGGCGGUUCAGGGAAGUCGGUUGCCGAAAGUUGAGUAG